AUGUUCGUGUACUUAUUGCUCCCUGCCUUGGUCCUCGCCGAUCCGGUGUUGCAUACAUCGACCGGGAAACUACACGGAUUCUUGAAAACUUCGGAGAACGGUGUAGAUGGCGAGGUUUACCAUUCGGUUCCGUUCGCGAGACCCCCGGUCGGCGAUCUGAGAUUCGAGCGGCCGGUCCCGUACGAGGACCCCGAGGCCGUGGUGGACGCGACGAAGGAACAUCCCGAUUGUCCUCAGCACUUAGUGGCGCUGAGUGAGAAAACCUUCAUCAACUUCACAAGGAAUUCCGAAGACUGUCUCUACCUGAACAUUUUCAAACCUGUCACCAACGAGACCGACUUGCCGAUUGUUUACUAUAUCUACGGCGGAAGCUUCUUGCACGGAUCCGCGAACUUCUUCCUCACCGAUGGGGACAUUCUGGCCACCGAGACGAACGUCAUCUACGUGAUUGUCAAUUACCGAUUGGGAGUAUUCGGUUUCCUGACCAGUGGCGGGAGCAUGGCACCUGGGAACCAAGGUCUUUGGGACAUCCUCGAAGGUCUCCGAUGGACGAAAAAGAACGCUCGGGCCAUCGGCGGCAAUCCCGAAAACAUUACGAUUUGGGGACAUAGUGCCGGUGCGAUCGCAGCCGGAAUCUUCAUGACUUCACCGAUAACAGAAAAUCUCUUCCACCACGCCAUCUUGCAAUCAGGAGCAACCAAAACCGGUCAUGUUCUAUUCCAACAGAACUCUCCUGAAGUGACUGCGAGAACUCUCGUGAGAUUGGGUUGUCUGCAAGAUGCUGAUCAGUACGAGCGUUCCCGGGACAAAGCCAUCCGAUGUGCUAAGAAACUGGAUGUUGAGACCAUUCUCUCCGAGCUCGCCCCGAAAGGAUUCGAUUUGGAUAUCAUUUCUUUCCAACCCGUGAUCGGUGACGAUCUCAUCCCGGUGGAUCCUUUCGUGAAGAGACAGAAACUGCAUUCGGCCAAGAGCCUCCUGGUCACAUCAUGUGCUACGGAAGGCGUUGUGUUCCUCGAGAUCCUGCGAGUGCGCGGUGCCGAUCUCGUCGAGGGAGUGGGGGAUCUCCGUUUCAUGAUGGCCCUCGGAACGAAACAACUGCUGCAGAUACCCGUGAGCGCGGCCUCGAAAAUCGCCUACUCGUACUUCGAUGAUCAGUCCGAGCCUGAUCUGAAGAGCGCGGAGACGAUCCUGCAGAGAUACAUCUCUGACAUGCUGUUCAUCUGCCCGAUUGAGUUCUUCACAGACGCCGCCGAAGCGAACGGCAUACCCGUGUACAGGGCAUCGUUCGAGGCACGACCCAGCUGGUCACCCUGGCCUUCGUAUUCUGUGGCCGCGCAUGGAGACGAUUUACCAAUUCUUAGUGGUCAGGCCCUCGGAUACGCGAAAAAUGUGAAGAAGUCCUAUGUCGUUCCCGACGUUGGUGAUUUGAACAUGACCGCGGCGGAAGUUUCGUGGACUUUCGACACCAUGAGAAUCAUCGGUGAAUAUCUACACAACGGGUGA